CAAAAACUGUCAGCCUUUUAGUGAAUACAAGUAUUUUCUGUAUUUCUCUAAUACAAAUAUGGCUCGAACCAAGCAAACAGCUCGAAAGUCUACUGGUGGUAAAGGUGGCAAAGGUUUACGCAAAAAGUUAGCUGCAAAACUUGGGCGAAAAUCUCCUCGUGACAAAUCUGGCGACGUGAAGACCAGACCCCAUCGCUACAGACCAGGUACCGUCGCUCUACGUGAAAUCCGUCGUUACCAGAAGAGUACCGAGCUACUGAUUCUCAAAAUUCCAUUCCAGCGCCUUGUUCGUGAAAUCACCGCACAAUUCACCAGUACUAUCAGGUACCAGUCGGCUGCCAUCGGUGCAUUACAGGAAGCGGCCGAAGCAUAUAUGGUCGGUUUAUUCGAAGACACCAAUCUGUGUGCGAUCCACGGCAAACGUGUCACCAUCAUGCCCAAAGACAUUCACCUUGCUCGUCGAAUCCGAGGCGGUACCUAGACGCUCGGACACAACGGUCAUUUACUGGACUUCUUUUAUUUCCUCAGUAUGAUACGUUUCCAUUAACGAGUAUCGCGUAAAAUUUCUUCCGAUUGUCAACAUAUAUCAGUGUUAUAUUAUGUGUGUAUAUUGCGCGCCGGAAAAUAGAAUGAAUGUAAUCAACAUUCGGAAAAAAAUGACAUGCAUAUCUGAAGAUGAAACCUUUUCUGUUUUGUAAUGCAUUUCAUGUUUACAAAUAGUGAAGCUAUUAUCCUAUUAUUUUGAAAAAACAUAUUUUCGUAAUUGUCGUCUUUGUUUCAAUCAUCUUAGUUUCACAACUGUUUUGUAUUUUACGACCAGAAUAUGGACGCAAUUGUUGUUGUUGUUGUUGUUGUUGUUGUUUAUAUAAAAUGAACUGAGUGAACAUCGUUCUACCUAAAUGUAGCGCUUGAUAAAAAUAACAUUAGUUUAAUAAUGAUUACUAAAUAAUAUGACCGUGGUUUGAUUUAUAUAUUUUUACUUGCCAAUUAUAUGAAAUAAAACAUCUUCCCACUGACUGUGUGACGUAA